AUGGGAGCCGCAGGGGAGCCGCAUGCUAUGCAGCUGAUUGACGAGCAGAAACGGUUUGCCAGGAACGAAGUAGUCUCAUACUUCGACGAGGUCAGAAAGUUGCGGGAUGCUGCGGAUCGCGGGGUCGACGAGCCGUACCAUAUUGUGUCCGUCUUUGGAUCCCAGUCCAGUGGGAAGUCCACUCUGUUGAACGUGCUGUUUCAUACGGCGUUUGACACGAUGGAUGCGCAGUUGAAGAGACAGCAGACCACGAGAGGUAUUUGGUUGGCCCAUACUAACCGUGUCACGACUACAGCAGAUGGCGAUGAUGAGGCGACCAGUGGCACCCGGUGCCCAGAUAUAUUCGUGCUGGAUGUGGAGGGGUCCGAUGGUUCUGAGCGUGGUGAGGACCAGGACUUUGAGAGGAAAGCUGCGUUGUUUGCGUUGGCAGUCUCCGAGGUGCUUAUUGUCAACAUCUGGGAACAACAGAUUGGUUUGUAUCAGGGAAACAACAUGGCGCUACUCAAAACGGUCUUCGAGGUCAACUUGUCCCUGUUUGGUACCUCCCAGCGGAAGAAUAAAGUCUUACUGCUGUUCGUCAUCAGAGACCACGUCGGGAUCACACCCUUGGAGUCCCUAAGCGAGUCUCUCACCAAAGAAUUGAAGAAAGUAUGGUCCACGCUCAAUAAGCCAACAGACUGUCAGGACAUUUCGUUGUACGACUUCUUCGACUUGCAGUUUGUCGGGUUGGCACACAAGUUCUUGCAGCAGGAGAAGUUUACAAAGGACGUACAAGAACUUGGGGAUCAGUUCGUGGCACCCAACGGGAUCUUCAAGCCGCAAUACCACCAGCAGCUGCCAAUGGAUGGCUGGUGCAUGUACGCGGACAGCUGCUGGGAGCAAAUCGAAAACAACAAGGACCUGGACCUCCCAACGCAACAAAUCCUCGUGGCAAGGUUCAAGACAAACGAGAUCCUCAACGAGUGUCUCGAACAACACUUCCAGACGUUCAACGAGAGGAUCGAAACCAAGAAAAUGGAUAAAUUGGCGCUCAUUGACGCAUUGAGGGAAACCAAGAGCUCUUGCCUCGAGGACUACGAUAAACUUGCUUCUCACUACAACAAGAAAGUGUAUUUGGAAAACAAAGAGGUGCUGGACGACAAGAUUGGCGACAAUUUCGUCCCAGUUAUAGAUGGGUUCAUGGAACAGUUGGGGAUUAAACUGUUGAACAAUUUGACAGUCAGCGCUAAAGAUCCGCUGAGGGAGGGAUCUUUCAUUGACAGGCUGACUGAAUUGCAGAGCGGAAUACUGGAAGAGUACUCGAUAACCUUGAGCGACUUCCAAAGUUGCAACCUACUAAGAUCGACAGAGGAGGGCAAUGAGAGAUUUAAAGAGUUCGUAGAGCUAACCGUCCAGGAUAUAAAACAACAGGAGAUCAAGUACAUACUGAAGAAGAUUAAGAAGAACCUCAGCUUCCAAAUCAAGGACGAUACGAUUGCUCUGUUGUCCAAUCCAACUGAAAGCGUUUGGGAUCAUGUCAUGCAAAAAUUCAACGCCAACAUAGACGUCAACCUCGUGAAAUAUCGCAAGGACGCCAGUGAGGAUUCCGUCGGUUACGACUUUCAAGUCGGGUUGACAAGCGAAGAAAACGACAUUACUUACCAGCAGAUUCGCUUCUUUGCUUGGUCGAUUCUAUCAAACGUUGUUCACGAUUAUCUAAAGCCAGACACUAUAGUAUCGAUUUUGAGAGACAGGUUUGAAAACAAAUUCAGAUACGACGACAACGACUCUCCUAUCAUGUGGAAAAAUGAGGCGCAAAUUGACGAGUCCUUUAGAAUUGCCAAGGAGCAUGCACUGGAAGUAUUCAACGUGCUUUGCAUCGCAAAGGACUCAAACAACGUGGAAAUCGUCCCUGAUGUCGACUUGGCGGAAGGUGAAGAUAAAUAUGACGUCGAUUCAGGUGUGUACCAUAUGGAACGGUUUGCCCACUUACUUAAUGAAUCCGAAAAGGAGAAAGUUUUGAAACAAUUUAGAAGGCAGAUCAACGUUUCGGUGAUCGAUUCCAAGAGAUCCAUCAUCACGGCGACAACACACAUACCUAUAUGGAUUUACGGAUUAAUUGUUGUCCUUGGAUGGAACGAAUUCAUGUACGUGCUGAGAAAUCCAUUGUACGUCAGUUUGUUGCUGAUGGGGUUUGUCGGGUUUUUCUUUCUAAACAAGUUCGGGUUGUGGACCCCAGUUCUGAAUGUCGUUCAAACUGCAGUCGGUGAGAGUAGAGCAACUAUCAAAAGCAAAUUGAAGGAAUUUGUUAUGGAAGACGACGAUAUUAAAAAGCCAGUAAUCCAAGAACCAAUAACUCCUGAAGACUCUAUGGAUGAAAAAUCUGAAAAGGCUAUGGAUAGUGAAUGA